AUGGCAAACGGCUCAAUCUUUUACCCGUUGCUCGUCGCUUGGCUCCUCGUCAGCUCGUCCUUUCAAUCUUUACAUCGACACGAUGAAGAUUCGGCGAUGACAUCCUUAACACUGGACAUGGAUAAAUCUUCCCAUGGAUGCAAUUUGAACCUAGAGUUGAAAAAAGCUUCUUGCCGCAAUAAAGGCCUGGACUCAGUUCCCCAGAAUCUUUCUGAGGAUACCGAGUACCUUGACUUGUCUUAUAACAACAUCACCAAACUCUUGAAUUCCUCUUUUGAAGUUUACCCUCUAAUAUACAACUUGGAAAUUUCUUAUAACGAUGUAAGAGCCAUAGAAUCCGGCGCUUUUCACCCCCUCAAGGGCUUACUGUAUCUGUCUCUAUCAAAAAACCCGCGUCUUGUGCUUCCAGCAACAGGCGUCUUCAUGAUGUCUUCACAGCUCACGAUUCUCGAUUUAUCGUCAACAAACUUGAAGUCGCUCCCCAAUGACACUCUAAAAUGGAGUCCACAUCUAUAUGCUGCAUUACUGUCCUCCAACCAGCUCACCUCUAUCAAUGUAAGUUCCUGUGGCAUGGCCGACGAUGUAACCAUGGGUAGUAAUCGACUACAACAUCUUACGGCGAGAUAUUUUACCUUUGUGUGCCACACUGAUACUCUAGAUCUUUCAGCGAAUCCUAUUCAAUCAGUAGAUCCUGAUGUGAUCGCAUCACUACAUGUUCGCUAUUUGAUACUAGGUGAAUAUGGAUAUACUUUGAGUUACGAGGUGUUGGCGAACAUCAUCUUAGGAAUAUCAAAAUCAGACAUCGAACGGCUUAGAAUCGGGGACGGUUCUGUUGGUGCGUUCCCCAAAGGUUUAUUUGAUCCACUGCGUGAUUCUUCCCUCUCUGUUCUUGGUUUCACUAGGUACGACCUGAAUAGACUGUAUCCUUUAGUCUUCUCCAAUUUGACAAAACUCAAACAUUUCACUUUCAGUGAGAACAAACUCCCCAUAGACGAAAUUCAACCAGACUUUUUCGAGGACAUGAAUGCAUUAAAGGUAUUGACAAUCACCCUCAACCGAGUAAGAAAAAUAAAUCCUCACAAUCAGACUUGGACAGUGGACUUAUGGGAGUUGGACUUAUCUUAUAAUCUGUUGGCAGAAAUAUCGACAUCUGUAUUUCGCGGGUUAGGAAAUUUAACUCUCUUAGACAUGAGCUGGAACAAAGACCUUUCUGUCUUUCAGCUGACGGCCUUUUCAGGCCUUGACAACAUUCAAACGAUUGAUUUGACCGGAUGUCGUAUAAAUGUUCUGGAAUUGAACACCCCGAUAUUAAGGUCACUUUUCCUAAACUAUAUUCGUCCAGACUGGCUUACUUUGGAACCAGGAAAAUUCUUUCAACAUUUACAAUCCCUUGUUGAAUUAGACAUGGCAGACUCUCGGCUAUUCAUAUUUCACAUAUGGAAUUAUGAUAAAAACGCGUCUCUUUUCGAUCGACUUUUGGAUCUUAAUCAUUUGGAUUUGAGUAGUAACCCUAGCCUGACCUUUGUAGAUGAUUUACCGCCAGGGAUUUUUCAGCAACUCUCUGUUUUACAAGACCUUUAUCUAGACGACUGUCAUAUUACAACUCUACAUCCUCUUGUCUUCUCGGGGUUGGAAUCUCUUCAGAAGUUGAGUUUGAAAGGAAACAACAUCAAGCAUACCCAUGUUGAUGUAUUGUCGGGGUUGGGUCAAAUAAAAAGUAUCAACUUUGAAGGAAACCGUAUCUCAUACUUGGAGGAGCAAAUGUUCUCAAAUAACUGGAAUCUCACAAAUCUCUCCUUGCGCAACAACAGAUUAACGCGCCUUAAUGAAAGCACUUUCAGGCCAAUCUUUUCCUCCAUUUCAUCCCUUGAUCUAUCAAUGAACCCAAUCAAUUGUAACUGUGAUCUAAAAUGGCUUAUUGGUUGGUUAAAUGAACCUUUACGCUUGAAAGACAAGGACAAUACUAUUUGUUCGUCAGCAUCUCUGGAGCCUCUUCGUGAGAAACCCCUGCUUGAUUUUGAUCCAAAUAAACUCUGUGUAAUGAACAUUGGUCUAUUCUUUCUGAUUCCCCUUGCCUCCAUUAGCUUGGUUGUAAUCAGCGUGCUGUUGUAUCACUACCGAUGGCAGUUGAGGUACAAACUCUUUCUCUUGAAACUGGCCGCUGUGGGCUAUACAGAGAUGCGGGACGUCCGAGACCACAAUGACUACGAGUUUGACGUGAACAUCAUUUUCUACGACGAUGACGAAGAAUGGAUUCGCGAACAGCUCCGACCUGCUCUCGAAGAACGGCUUCCACAGUUUCAGAGGAACGUAUUUGGUGACGAAGACCUUGUGUUGGGUAUGCAUUACUUAGAUUCCGUCGAUUACGUGGUGAGCCAUAGUUACAAGACUAUCAUAUUGCUUAGCAGAGCUGCUGUGCACGACCACUGGUUCGUACUCAAGUUCCGUACGGCCAUGGACCACGUAAGUGACACUCUGACUGAAUUCGUAGUCGUGGUCUUCCUCGAAGAUAUCCCAGAUGAUGAAAUGCCAUUCUUGGCGAGGUUGUACCUCAGUGAUGGCAGACCCUAUAUUCACUGGACUGAGAACGUGAGAGGACAAGAAUAUUUCUGGGAUGAAUUGACCAAAAAUCUUACAAUUAAUCUAAGGACGAAUGACUUGAUCCCAAACGAGUAACA